CCGGGCGCGGAGCCGCGCUUUACGGCGCCGCGCGACAGUUGCCGGUGCUGUGCCCUCAGCUCGCCAUGGCUUCGGGCAGCGGGACCAAGAACCUGGACUUCCGCCGGAAGUGGGACAAGGAUGAAUAUGAGAAACUCGCAGAGAAACGGCUCACGGAGGAGAGAGAAAAGAAAGAUGGCAAACCGGCUCAGCCCGUCAAAAGGGAACUUCUGCGGCACCGGGACUACAAAGUGGACCUGGAAUCCAAGCUGGGGAAAACGAUUGUCAUCACCAAAACUACCCCUCAGUCAGAGAUGGGAGGGUAUUACUGUAAUGUAUGUGACUGUGUGGUGAAAGAUUCCAUUAACUUCUUGGAUCACAUCAAUGGCAAAAAACACCAGAGGAAUCUGGGCAUGUCCAUGCGGGUGGAGCGUUCCACGCUGGACCAGGUGAAGAAACGCUUUGAGGUGAACAAGAAGAAGAUGGAGGAGAAGCAGAAGGACUAUGACUUUGAGGAGAGGAUGAAGGAACUCCGUGAGGAGGAGGAGAAGGCCAAAGCCUACAAGAAGGAGAAGCAGAGAGAGAAGAAGAGGCGGGCAGAGGAAGAUUUGACCUUUGAAGAGGAUGAUGAAAUGGCAGCUGUGAUGGGUUUCUCUGGUUUUGGCUCAACCAAAAAGAGCCACUGAGCAGCUCUGGACUCUCCUCUUUCUCUAAACAGCUUGUUUUUACCCAGGGAACUCUGGAUAACUCUUCAAAGACUUGAUUGAGGACUUGUAUGUAAAUCUCCCAGUAGAAGUUGGCUGGAGGAGUUGAAAAGUGAUUCCAUGCUCUACCUGUGCUGCAGAUCAAGCUCUGCAUCUCAUUUGCUUCCCUUCUCCUUCUGUGUCCUAGAUCUGGCUGCUCAGCUGCUCUGUGGCCGUAUGUGUGCAGGGAAGUGCUCUGUUGGGUACCUUUUUUUGUCAAUAAAGUGCAGCCAUUCUGCACAGGUGGCCUGGUUCGGGAUUAAUCCAGCUGUUAACCAGGCCCAACUUGUCAUCCAGGCUGUGUUUGAGAUGCUGGGAGGGAUCCAGUUGCUUUUAGGAUUAUAAUGGAAGGAAAUGUGCUGCAGCAUGCAGUGUGAGAGGUGCAUYUUUAUGGCUUGUGCUGAGCAGAGCUGGUGGCUGCAUGGAGUCUGGGUUGCUGAAACUUUCCUGUGUGUUUUAUCUGCAAGGGAGACUUCCCUCCUUUUCUUUGUGUUUUAUCCCAUAAUUUCAGUAUCUUUAAGGUAGGGGAGAAAUUCCUCCUUACUGGUCUAGGAUAGAGCAAAUGAAAGAAAGGUGUGUGCAAUUUGGCAGAAAUAAAUGAAUCAUUUUCACUGGC